UCCUCUGCCUGCCUGUCGUACGUGCUAGCUCUUGAGUUGGCAAUUGAUCGGUAGGCGGUCCUAAGCUAGCUAGCAAUGGCGGCACGGGGAAGAGGCAGUGUCAACGUGGCCGUGAUCCUUGGGGUGCUUCUUCUCUGCACGCUCGUGGCGGAGGCGGCGGUGUUCAACGUCGGCGACCGCGGCGGCUGGUCCUUCAACACCAAUUCCUGGCCCACCGGCAAGCGCUUCAAGGCCGGCGACGUCCUAGUGUUCAAGUACGACGCGACGGCGCACGACGUGGUGGCGGUGAGCGCGGCGGGGUACAAAGCAUGCGCCAAGCCAGCCAAGGGCGCCAAGGUGUACAAGUCCGGCGCGGACCGCAUCACCCUCGCACGCGGCACAAACUACUUCAUCUGCAGCAUCCCCGGCCACUGCAAGUCCGGCAUGAAAAUACUCCUGCACUGCCGAGAAAACCAGUAUUUCCACACACCUUUUGGCCUACUUGCCCUCACGCCUCCACUCCGGCGGGCCUAUAAAACCGCACCGGCUACUCCAUUGCCAACCACCACCGCACCUCACUCUCAGCAUUUCUCCUCUGCUUCUUCUCCUACUCCCUCCGUUUGGAAUUACUUGUCGCAGAAAUGGAUGUAUCUAGAUGUAUUUUAGUUCUAGAUACAUCCAUUUCCGAGACAUGUAAUUCUAAACGGAGAGAGUACUUGCUAGCUAGCUCUCGAGUGACUGUUUGAUCGGUAGGCGCUUCUAAGCUAGCUAGCAAUGGCGGCCCAGGGAAGAGGCAGUGCAGCCGUGGUCGUGGGCGUGCUGCUCGUCUGCGUGCUGCUGAGCGCCGCGGCGGUGGCGGAGGCGGCAGUGUUCAACGUCGGCGACCGCGGCGGCUGGUCCUU